ACACAAAGAGCAACUUUAGCUGCUCUUGACUAAUUUGCUCCCGAGACGAGUACAAAGUACUUGUCCUCUAGCUUCUGCAUGAAUUUGACGAUCUAUUGUGACUCCUUGUCACAAAUCUGAGAAUUUGAUUAUUACAAACAAAACCUUCAGCAGAAAAAAUGGCAGCAGCUCCAGGACCAGCUCCAGUUAACCCAGUACCUUUGGCGUACCAAGCUACUGGUGAUGGGACAUUAGCACCUGAUUGGCUCAACAAGGGAGACAACGCUUGGCAGCUCACGGCCUCAACACUCGUGGGACUGCAAUGUGUUCCUGGGCUGGUGAUUUUGUACGGUAGUGUAGUGAAGAAGAAAUGGGCAAUCAAUUCGGCCUUCAUGUCGUUCUAUGCUUUUGCCGCGGUGCUCAUAUGCUGGGUUGCCUGGGCCUUCAAGAUGUCAUUUGGCGAGGAGCUCAUCCCUCUGUGGGGAAAGGCCGGACCUUCUCUGGAUCAGAAGUUACUGCUGUCUCAGGCUCACCUCCCGUCCACGGGAACGGAUUAUUAUGCCCCACUGACACCUUUCUAUCCCCAGGCCACACUCGUUUACUUCCAGUUCGUGUUCGCCGCCAUCACUCUGAUCCUCAUUGCAGGCUCUUUGUUGGGCCGAAUGAACUUCCUGGCCUGGAUGAUGUUCGUUCCUCUCUGGCUCACAUGCUCUUACACUGUGGGAGCCUUCAGCUUGUGGGGAGGUGGCUUUCUCUUCCAAUGGGGAGUUAUCGAUUACGCUGGCGGUUAUGUGAUUCAUCUCUCCUCCGGAAUCGCUGGCUAUGUCGCUGCUUUUUGGGUGGGACCCAGACUCGAGAAGGAUCGUAAGAGCUUUCCUCCCAACAACGUCCUGCUCACUCUGGCGGGAGCAGGUCUGCUGUGGCUGGGCUGGAACGGGUUCAACGGAGGAGCACCCUACGCAGCAAGCGUUGUGUCCUCGAUGGCCGUCCUGAACACGAACAUCUGCGCCGCAACCAGCUUGCUCGUCUGGACGAGCAUCGACGUCAUAGUCUUCAAAAAGCCAUCGGUGAUCGGAGCUGUCCAAGGCAUGAUCACCGGUUUGGUCGUCAUCACUCCUGCAGCAGGUUUGGUUCAAGGGUGGGCCGCCAUGGUUAUGGGAGUGUUUGCCGGAAGCGUUCCGUGGUUCACGAUGAUGAUUCUGGGAAAGAAGAAGCUGUUCAACGUGGUGGACGACACUCUGGGCGUAUUCCACACCCAUGCCGUGGCGGGAUCCCUGGGAGGAAUUUUGGCAGGAUUCUUCGCGCAGCCGACGCUCUGCAACUUGUUCUUGUCAAUUCCCGGCGAGCGAGGAAUCAUCUAUGCAGGGGACCAUCACGGCCACAAGGCUGGGCUGCAGCUAGCUAAGCAGAUUUGUGGAGCUCUCUUCGUCAUCGGAUGGAACAUCGUCGUGACGAGCAUCAUCUGCUUGGUCAUCGGCCUCGUUGUGCCUCUCCGCAUGUCCGAGUCGAAGCUGCUCGUGGGAGACGACGCUGCUCACGGUGAGGAAGCGUAUGCUCUGUGGGGUGACGGAGAGAAGUACGAUUCCUCCAUCCAUUCAGGCGAUGCCUUCGCUCAGCAUCGGACAGAGCUUCUGGAAGUCCCUCCUCAGGCCCCGAAAGAGGCCCGUGAUGAUGUCUGAGUGGAAUUCGGUGCAAUUUGGGUCCAGAAUCAGUAUCCAGACGAUCAGUCAUCGUUGUCAAGCAUGGGCCAUCAUGGGCAGAAGACUGGAAAGCUUCAAGGUGUGACGAUGGCUGCGAAUUCUCCACGUCGGGAUUGUCGGAGCUGAAAAGAAAUCCUCUCAAGCUCUCUGCCCCUCCAUCAUGUCAAGGACCUCAGUCUUCACAUGCUAGUGGUUGCCUGGCAUGACCGAUUUCCCCAUGCACUCUUCUCUCUCUCUAUCUCUUUCUCCUCUCCCUCGCGGACUGAAACAAGCCUCUGAGUCAUGGAUGGCAAGUGUCAUAUCAAUAAGCCUGACAUACUUGCAGAAGAAGUCCUUGUAUAGCCUUCUCCCUCUUACUUCGUCGUGGCAGUAAAGGUAGAUGAAUAAGAUCCAGAUACCGGAUCAGACAUAUCUAUCUUCACUUUCUCGACUGGAAAAUCUCUGUCCUCCUCACAACAUCUUGCAAUGUAACAGCUAGUUCUGAACAACCGUCAUAGAUGCACAGCAACAAGCAUCCAACCGCAACUAUACAGCUUCACAGCAUUACAUGGAUCUUUGGUCCUUUUAGGAUGAGCUGUGUUUUUUAGCUGCAUAUAUCCUCCGAAUAUUAGAUCAACCACGUGAAUAUGAACUAUUUAGAGAAUUCAUGUGCUUGUUAGCUGCUGCCGGAUCAUGCUAGGCCAGUUAUGUGUAGCAUCAAGCUUUACACGGGUUAAAUGAGGGAUCCACCGAGUACAACAAGGCUAUAUAGAUUAACAGAUUUGCAGUUGUGAGCUGGUAUUGUUUCAUGUGGCCGAACACAUGCUGUUUCAUACUGAUGACUAAAAUGAGAAUUUGGCUCCGAUUGUU